AAAUUAGAUGUUGGGAAGAAGAAAAGGUACCCAAAUUGUAGCCCAAUAAGGCUAACUUAAUACACAUUCCACACUAGAAAGAACAGAGCCAUCGUCGUCGUCGUCAUCAUCAGCAAAACUAAAGAGUCAAAGCCCAAGGCCCGAGACCCUCCCCCUCCUCCUUCUUCAUUCCGAAAUCUCGAAUCUCUCUUUUUCUCUCUGUUCUUCUCGUCAUCGCAAUCUAACCCUUUGUUCCCAUUCUAAUCUUUCCCCCUUUUUUCUAGUUAAAUUUUAUCUUUUUAAAUUAUGCCAUCAAAACCCUAGCUCAACUUCCUGCUUAAAACUCAAUCUGAAGCUUUGCGUUAGCUCGUUCCGGUCUCUGAAGAAGUUUCCAUAUUGAAUUUAUUCAAAACCCUAGUUGCGAAUUGACAGAACUGGUGCUUCUGCAAUGCAGUUAAGUUUAUUCAACAUUUUCUAGCAGUUUCAAUGCUGGGUGCAGUAUGCCGAUGAUAGUUGGGAGGGAGACAUGCAACGGUAUCAUGCUGCUGGCUGCACUAGUGCAGUUAAUAACAGUUCAAUUGGUGGAGCAUCAGCAAGGGAUACUGCCCGAGCUGAUUCAUCUUCUUUGCCAACUAACUACUCUCUGAAUAGGCGGCCGUCUCAGUUAUCACCUUACAAGUUGAAGUGUGACAAAGAAUCCUUGAAUUCACGGCUUGGCCCACCUGACUAUCACCCGCAAACUACAAAUUGUCCAGAGGAGACACUUACCAAAGAAUAUGUGCAAUCUGGAUACAGAGAGACUGUUGAAGGAGUUGAGGAGUCAAGAGAGAUAUCACUGACUCAGGUUCAAUCUUUUACCAAACCUGUUGUCGUCAAGUGCAAAGAGUCUAUCAGGAAAUGUCUGAGGGCUAUAAAUGAGUCUCGUGCUCAAAAGCGAAAGGCCGGCCAAGUUUAUGGUGUUCCACUUUCUGAUUCACUAUUAACAAAGCCAGGUGUUUUUCCCGACCAAAGGCCAUGUAGUGAAGACUUCCGUAAGAAAUGGAUUGAGGGUUUAUCACAACAACACAAACGGUUGCGUUCCCUGGCUGAUCAUGUUCCUCAUGGGUAUAGGAAACGAUACCUAUUUGAUGUUCUUAUAAGGAAUAAUGUUCCCUUGCUCAGGGCAACCUGGUUUAUCAAAGUAACAUACCUGAAUCAGAUUCGACCUGGUUCAGGUGGUAUUUCUGGAGCAUCCGAUAAAGCUCAGUUGUCCCGAACUGAGUUGUGGACAAAAGAUGUCAUUGAUUACUUGCAGUCCCUCUUGGAUGAGUUCUUUUCAAAGAACAAUGCUCAUUCUUCUUCACACACCAGAGAUCGGGUACCACAAAUGUUGUAUGGUGGGUCUGCUGCACACCAAAGGAGUGAUCCAGGGUCAGCUGCACCUGAUAUCGAAGAGUCUUCUCUGCAUUUUAAAUGGUGGUACAUGGUACGCCUUUUGCAGUGGCACCAUGCUGAAGGACUGAUUCUGCCUUCUUUUGUAAUUGAUUGGGUUCUCCGUCAGCUUCAGGAUAAAGAAUUACUGGAAGUUGUGCAGUUGCUUUUGCCCAUCAUAUAUGGUGUUUUGGAAACUGUUGUUCUAUCCCAAACAUAUGUGCGCACUCUUGUGGGAAUAGCCGUUCGUUUUAUACGUGAACCUUCUUCAGGUGGAUCAGAUCUUGUAGAUAAUUCCCGAAAGGCAUACACAACCUCUGCACUGAUUGAGAUGCUUCGAUAUUUAAUAGUUGCUGUGCCUGAUACAUUUGUAGCUUUGGAUUGCUUCCCAUUGCCAUCUUGUGUUGCUUCGCAUGUUGUAACAGAUGGAAAUUUGUCAAAGUCAUCUUCCGAUGAUGCGAGAAAGAUUAAAUUUGGCUCAUCAGAAGUUUCAUGUCUGUUUAGGAGUAAGGGUCUUGAUGCCCAGUACCAAUCCUUGGCCCUUAACUACGUUGUUUCAUCUAUUCAGAAGCGUGCUGAUAAUCUUGCAAAGGCUGCACGUCCUGGGUAUCCUGGUCAUAGUGUGGCUAAAGUGGCAGAGGCUUUAGAUAGAUCCCGUAUUCAAGGUGAUGUCAAAGGGGCUUACAAACUUCUCUUUGAAGAUCUUUGUGAAGGAGUUGCCAGUGAACACUGGAUUGCAGAAGUCAGUCCCUGCUUGAGAUCAUCGUUGAAGUGGAUUGGGAAUGUUAACUUAUCAUUUGUUUGCUCUCUAUUUUUACUUUGUGAAUGGGCGACAUGUGAUUUCAGGGAUUUUCGGACUGCUCCUCCUGACAAGGUGAAGUUUACUGGCAGAAAAGAUUUUUCUGAAGUAUAUGUUGCAAUUCGGCUUUUAAAGCUGAAGAUAGGAGGUUUGCAGAAUUCACUUCGAUCCAAGAAUGACAACCCAUUUGGAGUUAAUAUUCUGGCAAAAUGUCCAAGUCAGCAGAACAGAUUUUCAGUCAAAAAUACCAUGGGAGAUUUACAUGACUUCAAAAGUAAUUCAAAAUAUGGUGAUCAACGGGGUAUGAACAUAUCUUCAAUUUUUGAGAGCCCAGGUCCUUUACAUGAUAUCAUAGUAUGUUGGAUUGAUCAGCAUGAAUCAUGCAAGGGGGAAGGGUUUCAACGCCUCCAGCUGCUUGUAGUCGAAUUGAUACGUGCAGGGAUAUUUUACCCGCAUGCUUAUGUAAGGCAGCUCAUGGUGAGUGGAAUCAUGGAAAUGAAUGGGUUGUUGAUUGAGGCUGAUAGACGGAAGAGGCAUUAUCGAAUAUUGAAACAAUUGCCUGGGAUAUUUGUGCAUGAUGCACUGAAGGAGGCUGGGUUAACUCAAGACCCAGAAUUUUUGGAGGCCAUGCAAGUUUACUCAAAUGAGAGACGACUAGUACUUAGUGGACUUAUUUGCAAUCUCAGUAAAAAGUCUAAUAAAACAAAUAUAUCAGCUCAAAAACAAAAGUUCCGUUCAAUCUCCGGGAAGGAUGGUGCUUCAUCAGCCUCUGCUGAUCAGUGGAAAUCUGUUCAGCCAUCAAAUUUAAUUUCACGUAAAAAGGUAAAACACGAGGUUGAUAUUGAAGAACUAAAGGAAGCAAUCUCAGUAGUGUUACAGCUACCAAGCACUUUGCUAAAAUCUACAGAUGCAGGACUUAAUGAAACACUUAUUGGUGUGAAGAGGUCUUCUAUGGCACUCUUUAACAAGAUGGAUUUGGGAGAAGGCACACCUGGGUGUGAAGAAUGUAAAAAAGCAAAGCGGCAAAAACUGGGUGAGGAAAGAAGCUCUUGCCUCCAAGGACAAUCUUCGAUUCAAUCUGAUGAUGAAGAUACCUGGUGGGUGAAAAAGGGGUCUAAAUCUUUAGAGUCUAUGAAGGUUGAUCCCCCGCUGAAGUCAAAUAAGCAGGUCCCCAGGAAUAGGCAGAAAUUACCCCGUAAGACUCAAAGUCUUGCGCAAUUAGCAAAUUCUAGGAUUGAAGGUAGCCAAGGAGCAUCUACAAGUCAUGUUUGUGAUAAUAAAGUAAGUUGCCCUCAUCACAGAUCUGGACUGGAAGGAGAAAAUUCCAAGUCUGCUGAAAGGAUAAAAGCUAACAAUUGCACAGAUGUUGUUUCAAUUGGGAAAGCAUUAAAACAGCUGCAUUUUGUAGAAAAGAGAACAAUUUCAAUGUGGUUGGCCACUGUUGUUAGGAAGGUUGUUGAAGAGGUUGAAAAGUCCAUAUCCAAGGUUGGACAAUUAGGGAGGCCAUUCCCUUCUGCUGAUGACAGGAAUGGCAUCCGAUGGAAGCUUGGUGAGGACGAACUAUCUGCCAUACUCUAUUUGAUGGAUGUUUCAAACGAUCUAGUGCUGGCUGUCAAGUUUGUCCUUUGGUUGCUGCCUAAGGUACUUGGUAGCCCUAGUUCCACAAUCCAUAGUGGGCGGAACAGUCUCAUGUUGCCGAGAAAUGUAGAAAGCCAAGUGUGUGAAGUGGGAGAGGCAUUUUUAGUAUCAUCACUUCGAAGGUAUGAGAACAUACUUAUUGCACAAGAUCUUAUUUCAGAAGCGUUGUCAGCUGCAAUGCAUCGUGCUGCAGCAGUAAUGGCCUCUAACGGAAGAGUGUCAGGCUCAUCAGUUUUGGUAUAUGCACGGUAUUUAUUGAGAAGAUAUGGUAAUGUGGCUAGUGUUAUUGAAUGGGAGAAAAACUUUAAGGCAACAUGCGAUAAAAGACUUGUUUCUGAAUUUGAGUCUGGACGGUCGACAGACGGAGAGCAAAACUUUCCGCUUGGUGUUCCUGCAGGAGUUGAAGAUCUUGAUGACUUUUUCCGUCAAAAGAUUAGUGGUGGCCGUUUAUCCAGGGUGGGUGCAAACAUGAGAGACAUUGUGCAACGAAAUUUAAAUGUUGAGGAUGUUCUUCAGCAGUUUUUUGGUAAAGAGAGAAAGGUCUUUGCUGCCGGGACUCCUAAGGGUCCUGCUGCAGAAAAGUGGGAUGAUGGGUAUCAGAUAGCACAAAGAAUAAUUGCUGACUUAAUGGAAUGCAUUAGGCAGACUGGUGGUGCUGCUCAGGAGGGGGAUCCAUCUUUGGUGUCUUCUGCUGUUUCUGCCAUUAUUGGUAAUGUUGGGCCAACUAUUGCAAAAUUGCCUGAUUUGAGAGUGGGAAGUGGCUAUCCAAAUGCUCCAUCUCCUACAGAUUCUAUAAAUGUUGCCAAGCGUAUAUUGCGUAUCCAUAUAAGCUGUCUAGGCCUACUUAAGGAAGCGCUUGGUGAGCGCCAAACCCGUGUAUUUGAGGUAGCCCUUGCAACUGAAGCUUCUUCAGCCCUUGCUGCAGUCUUUGCUCCUGGAAAGGCAUCUCGAAAUCAGUUUCAGUCAUCUCCUGAAUCUCACGAGUCAAAUAGUAGCAUGUCCAACGAAAACUUGAACAAUUCCACAAAAGUGGUUCUUGGUAGAGCUACUAAAAUUGCAGCUGCUGUUUCUGCUCUUGUUGUUGGGGCAGUGGUUCAUGGGAUCACUAGCUUGGAGAGAAUGGUAACUGUUCUAAGACUGAAGGAAGGGUUGGAUAUAGUUCAAUUUAUACGGAGCACAAGAUCUAGUUCUAAUGGCAGUGCUCGUUCAAUGGGAUUUAAGAUGGACAACCUCAUUGAAGUUUAUGUUCACUGGUUUAGGCUGUUUGUUGGAAACUGCAGAACUGUAUCUGAUGGAUUGAUUGUGGAACUCUUGGGUGAACCUUCCAUAGUAGCUCUUUCCAGGAUGCAGAAUAUGCUUCCUGUUGUUUUGGUAUUUCCACCUGCAUAUUCAAUAUUUGCAUUUAUUGUAUGGCGACCAUUCAUUUUAAGUACAAGCCUUUCAAUCCGUGAAGAUAUUAAUCAAUUAUACCAGUCUUUAACGCUGGCUUUUAAUGAUGCCAUAAAGCACUUGCCUUUUCGAGAUGCAUGCUUGAGAGACAGUCAGGGAUUUUAUGAUCUAAUAGCUGCAGAUGGAAGUGAUGCUGAAUUUGCAGCCAUUCUUGAAUUAGGUGGUUCUGACAUGCAUUUAAAGUCCAAGGCAUUUGUACCUCUCCGUGCAAGGCUUUUUUUAAAUGCUAUCAUUGACUGUAAGAUGCCAGAGGAUGGAAAUCGGGUCUUAGGACAUGGUGAAUCUAAAACUCAAUUUGCCGAGACUGAGACAAAGCUUAAGGACAAGCUUGCACAUGUAUUGGAUACCCUACAACCUGCAAAGUUUCGUUGGCAAUGGAUAGAGCUACGACUUCUUUUGAAUGAACAAACUCUCGUUGAGAAGCUCCAGUCCCAUGAUAUAUCCCUGGCAGAUGCCAUACGUUCCUCGACACCUAGUCCUGGAAAAGCGGCUGCUUCUGAUAAUGAGAACAAUUUUAUUCAGAUCAUUCUCACAAGGUUAUUGGUUAGGCCUGAUGCUGCAUCUCUUUUCGCAGAUGUGGUUCAUCGUUUUGGGAGAUCUCUGGAGGAUUCUAUGUUAAUGCAUGCAAAGUGGUUCCUUGCUGGCACUGAUGUUCUUUUGGGAAGGAAAACUAUCAGACAGCGUCUUAUUAAUAUAGCUGAGAGCGAAGGUCUUUCAACAAAAAGCCAAUUUUGGAAAUCUUGGGGAUGGUAUAAGUCUGAUUCUCACCCUGUCACAACUGGGGACAAAAAGAAAUUUGAAGCCAUCUCGCUUGAAGAAGGAGAAGUCAUUGAAGAGGGAACAGAUUCAAAAAGAUGCAGAAAAGGGCCUAUUCCAACAUCUGACAAUGAAGGGUUUAACGUCACCCAGCAGAAUGUGACAGAUAGGGCUCUCAUCGACUUACUUCUUCCAUGCAUAGAUCAAAGCUCUGAUGACUCCCGCAAUACAUUUGCUAAUGAUCUGAUUAAGCAGUUGAAUACCAUUGAACAGCAGAUAAAUGUAUUUACUCGUGGGGUGAAUAAUCAAGCAGGAUCAUCUCCUUCUGGAAUUGAAGGUCCAACGACCAAGGGAAGUAACCGUAAAGCUAUUAAGGGUGGUAGUCCUGGACUAUCGAGACGAGCAGUAACAAGUUCAGCAGCAGAUUCUUCACCACCUCCGCCUGCAGCUUUGCGAGCUUCUAUGUUGUUGCGAUUGCAAUUACUUCUAAGAUUGCUUCCUGGGAUUUGUUCAGAUGGGGAGCCAUCGGGAAGGAACAUGAGACACAUGCUUGCUUCCGGAAUACUUCGUCUAUUAGGGAAUCGAGUGGUGCAUGAGGAUGUAGAGCUUUCCUGUAAUCCCAUUCAAACUUUGUCCAAGAAGGAGGUGGAAUCUUCAACAGAAACUUCCUCAUCUGUCAUUACAGAUUCGUUUGGUGAAAGUCUCUUCGAUCGAUUAUUGUUGGUUCUACAUGGGUUGAUGAGCAGUUGCCAACCAAGCUGGCUGAGAUCAAAGCCUGCUUCCAAGUCAACCAAUGACCAUGCAAAGGACGUUUCUAUAUUUGAUCGUGAAUUGGCAGAAACAUUGCAGUGUGACUUAGAUCGUAUGCAACUACCUGACAUGAUUCGGUGGCGGAUUCAAACCGCAAUGCCAGUACUCCUUCCCUCUGUCCGGUGCUUUGUCAAUUGCCAAUUACCUUCUAUUCCAAAUACAGCCUUAGCAUCUCUUCAAUCCAGCAUCUCAAGUUCUGGGUCUUACUCAGGAAGCUUAGUCACAUCUCAGAGGAAUCAGUUUCCUUUAGCUCGACCUGUAUCUAACAUAGCAGGAAAGUCUAAGUCAUUGCCCUUGCAGGAUUAUGAUACAGAAAUUGACCCAUGGACACUCUUGGAAGAUGGUACAGGAUCAGGUCCAUCUUCAAGUAACAGUGGCUUGAUAAGCAGCGGUGAUCAUGCCAAUCUUCGGGCAUCUAGUUGGCUUAAAGGGGCUGUAAGGGUGAGGCGGAAGGAUCUCACAUACAUUGGCGCUGUGGAUGAUGACAGCUGAAUCUAACAUCACUCCAUUCCAGAAUUUUUUUUUGUGGAGUGAGCAAGCCCCUCUUCAGGUAAUCUAAUGUGUUAUUUGUUGUCCAAAAUUGGUGCCAAGAUCACCAUGUUUUGUAUACCUCCUCUUUGACAACAGAGGAUCUGCAAAGAGGGAAUUUUUUUUGGUGGGCCGCCGUGGAGUUUUAAGGAGGAAUUUGGAGAUAUAUCUUCCCAUGUCAGCCCAUUCAACUCGGUCUUCACUAACCCUUUUGAUUAUCUCUCUUCCAAACUGUGCUUCUUCUUUGUGCAGUCUGGAGGCUGUUGUAUAUAUAGAGAUAAUUGUUUCAUUUUACCAAUUAAUUUAAUUAAAAUCUCAAAAGAAUGACCUGUAGGAGUUUGUUGUCAUUUCUAUUCGAGUCUUUAAUUCCUAUCCCUUACUGCAUAUAAUAACAUCACACAUAUGUGUACACCUAUUUGUACAUGUAUAUGUCAAAUUUGCAUGUUAUGUACUCGUUUAUUCUUAUUGCCGAAGAUGAGAUGCAUUUGCUCUGGCUUUUGCCCAUUUUCAUUUUUUAUGCAAUUGUUAAAUUCAUAGUCCGUUUAAAUACUA